AUGGUUAUAGACACGAUGGUGAUGCAGAAGAUACGCAAGCAUGGAUUUGUGGGGGACAUGUGGCCUCAUAUCCAGAUAAUGAAGCUCUCGGGCUUCUGGAUGUUUGAGUACUAUGAGGAGAAUGGUGGGGCCAUACACCUGAUGCGUAUGCUCUAUGCCGCGAUCACCACUAUUCUCAUGGUCAUGCAGUUUGGCUUCAUCCUAUUGUUUCUCAUUUUCGACACCUACAACGGCGACCAGAUAGCUUCAGCUACCAUCAGUUUCCUCUUCUUCGCACACAGCAUCACCAAGUACUUUUACUUUGCGUUUCGCAGCAAGGCCUUCUACAGAGUGUUAGGGUCAUGGAAUCACAUCAACUCACACCCUCUGUUCGUGGAGUCGAAUGCUCGCCAUCGCACUCGGACCAUGCAGCGAGUCAGGCGGCUCUUGCUCAUCAUAGGUAUUGGCACUCUCAUGUCCGUCAUGGCUUGGACCUUCAGUACCUUCAUCGGACCCUCUACUCGCCAGAUCCCAGACCCGGACGACGGUAACCGCACUAUCUCCAUGGAAGUGCCUAGACUCAUGCUGGGCACCCAUCUCUUCUGGGACGCAUCGACUGGAGCCAACUACGUGUUUACUUUUACUUACCAGUUGUACUUCUUGAUGUUCGCCCUCACCCAUGCUAACCUGAUGGACGUGGUGUUCUGCUGUUUCGUCAUCUUUGCAUGUGAGCAACUCAAGCACCUGAAGGAGAUCCUAAGACCUCUGAUGGAGCUCAGUGCCGCUCUGGAUGUUCCCGUGGAUAACCCAGAGAGACUCUUCCGCCGAGACAACAGCAACGCUGAUCUUCCUCUAUUGGGAGCUGAUGAAAACAAAUUGAACAACCGUUACAACAACAACGAGUUCAACAAUCCUUUCCAGGCCCUUCAGCUGCGGCCCGGGGGCGUGGGGCCCAACGGACUCACCAAGAAGCAGGAAAUGUUGGUCCGUUCAGCCAUCAAGUAUUGGGUGGAGAGACACAAGCACGUUGUCAAGCACGUCGCCAACACAGGGGAUGCCUACGGAUCAGCUCUGCUGCUUCACAUGCUUACCAGUACAGUCACGUUGACUCUACUUGCCUACCAAGCUACAAAGAUUGACCGGGUGGAUACGUUCUCUAUCACAGUGAUUGGCUACCUGUUCUAUUCUUUGGCUCAGGUGUUCGUUUUCUGCAUUCACGGGAACGAGCUUAUUGAAGAGAGCGCAUCCGUGAUGGAAGCUGCCUACAGUUGCCACUGGUACGAUGGAUCCGAGGAGGCGAAGACUUUCGUGCAGAUUGUUUGUCAACAGUGUCAAAAAUCAUUGACUGUAUCUGGAGCUAAGUUUUUCACAGUCUCUCUGGAUUUGUUUGCCUCGGUUCUCGGAGCUGUGGUUACUUACUUCAUGGUUUUGAUCCAGCUCAAGUAAAGAAGUUCUGCAGCUCUUACAAGAGGAAGAGAUCAAUAUUGUUGGAUCAAACACUCAAGAAAUUCUCAUCGGCCGAUGGUCUUGUUGAUUUAAGAUCGUUUCUUGUACUUUACAUUCUAGUUUGAAAAGAAAUAUUUAGAUUUAUUUCACAUUCAUUUAAAACUGUAUAUUGUUCUCGGUGUUAGUUUGGUUUCGACUACCCAAAUUCAUAGUAUAACUUUUUACGGUCAUAAUUUUUUAUCUAUUUUUUUUAUUAAGUGCAAUAUUUUAAUUACAUUUUCCAUUAUUAGAUUAUCUCAAAAACUGCAGAUUUCUCAUCUCGCCUAACUCUUUCUUACAUUCUUAUUUUUGUUGACAAAAAUAAAUACAUAACAGAAGUAGCACAUGCUGUGGCUCUAUUAACUAUAGUAUUUAUACAAAAUUGACUACAGCUGGUUCAUAUAUAUGGGAUGUCUACUUCCGUAUCCUAAAGUAGACAUACCUUAAGUAGAGGGUGAGUCUGUGGCUCAGUCGGUAGCGCCAAGGGAUUCGGGCCAAAGACAGCGAUGUCGUUGGUUCAGAUCCUGGUACCUGCCUGUACUUUUUAUCAGUACAGCUCACCCCUUGCUUUUCUGGAUGGGUUCCAUACACAGGCUACAGUAAUAGCCAAAAUAAACAGUACUGAAAGUGAAUCAGCUGUGUUCGCUUUGUAGAUCAGCUCAGUCAAUUAUUGAUUGUUGCCACGGCUUCGUGUUCAUUACUUCUUUCUUAUUUGAGGUUAAUUUUUGCUUGCAUGGUGCUAACAACGGUAGGGAAAACUUUUAUCGUAAAGCAUUAUUUUCGCUUAUACUGAAUUGGUCGUGCGGGUGGGCCAAAUUUGCCACACACUGCAUUACGUUUUCAAAAACAAUUCCACAAAAAGUAAUUCUGUGAUUCUUAGUGUUGUUGAAAAUUUUCAAAGUGCAGGUAGUGAAUAAAUGGUAGUGAAAGAAAAUAUAACGAUUGAGAGAAUGAAACAACCCCUAUUUACGAAAUUGGUUCAAAACUUACAAAAACGGUACGACUGUGCUUCAAACUGAAUGGGGGCCAUAUUGAACAUGUUAUCAACCGAGUUUAACAGAUCCUUUGACAGUUCCUUUGACUUGAUUGUGUAGGUAAAAUGUAUAUGUAAUGUUAUUAUAUAUACAAUAAUAAAAUAUUACCAGUUCAGUGCUUGUUUAUUUUGGCUAAUACUGUACAAGAUUAAAGAGGCCGCUAACCUCUUCCAUAAGAAAAUACAUCUCAGUUACCAUCAGGACAUUGUUUUAGUAUAAGUGCUAAUAAGUCCGCAAAAAAACGAUACCGUAAAACUCAAAUGUGUUUUUGACAAUCUCAGUCAUUAUAGCCUAUUUGUUGAAUUGUCAGAGCAUUCUUGAUGGGUAUAUUAGAGCUAAAUGUUGUGUAUUAAACGUUGAGUUUUAAUAAAUCAAGGACAAGUCCUCACACGUUUUGCUAGUUCAGGCAAGACAUGAUUUUGCAUAAAAGUUCAAUUUUGAUUAUUAAUUGUUGUAAACUUGUUAUUGCAUUCUCAACACGUUGUUUGUGCACUUAUUUUAACUACGGUCGCUUACACGUUAAAUUAGGAUAGAUUUAUGAAUUAUUAUACAAAAAUACACUAAUUUUUAUCUUCAGUAUGCAUUGACUUAUGUAUACUGUAGUCAAUAUGUGAAAAUAUGUUAGACUAGAACGUACUACGUUUAUAUUACGUUUAGAUAAGUUCUAAUUAGACACGAGGCUCAUCGAAAAAGUGCCUUAUAUUAUUGUUAGUAUGAAUGUAGAAAAGUACGCUCAAUGUAUAAGUACAAUUUUAAAAACUAAUCACAUUUGUGUUUAGAAUAAUGUAUACUUUGUUACACCAGCACUUCUUUGGUUUUUUUUUACAGAAAUUCAGAAAUAGUGAUUUAACUCGUACGAAAAUAUGAACAAGUAUAAUAGGUUGGUAUGAUAGUUUACUUGUUCGGUUAUGUUGUUGAUGGUAGUUCGGUUACUUGUUUUCUUACUGUCAAUGAGUAUAAUUAAGCAAAUUGAAGUAAAUUAUGAAUUUGUAUUAGGAAGCUGUUUGUGACUGUAUUAAUGUGAGUUAGGUUAGGGGAAAUGAUGUAUAAAAAUAUAUUUAUAGCUGGAGAUAUUUUAAAUAUAAUAAGUAUAUGCAUAGUAUUUUAUGAAAUUAUAUUCCGUAACCUUUGAAUGAUAAAUUCCUAAGUCAAUAUAUUAUUUUGGGAACAAGCUGAUCUAGUGGUAGAACACGAGGUACAAGGUUCAAAUCCCGCCGAUCACAGAUGGAUUUUAUCCAUGUGAUAAUGCCGCAACCCUCUAGAACUACUGUAGCCUGAAAUAAUGUGUAAAGCAGUGCCAGGCUAGAACCUAGCGUCCUGGGAUGUGAAGGUGGGACAUAUAUAAAUAUAUAUAUACAGGAUGUCCUGUAAGUAAACAGCCAGUCUCCGGAAAUGGAUAUCUAUGGGUCAAGAGAAAAUAGAAAAUGAAGUAUAACAUUAACACAUAUUCCAAAAUUGCUUCGUUAACCAGAUAUCCUCCAUUUUGUAUUUUUUACAUAAACAUGUUUAUCUUUGGAUUGUCUGAACUGAUCUUUAUGAAACUUAGUAUUUAUAGAGUAAGGUAUAAGGUAGCUAUGUUAGAAAAGACAUUAACUUGGUCAAAUUCAAAAAUUUGAAAAUGGUGGGUAAUUUUUUUUAAGUUUGAUAAUUACUGAAUAAUGGCUGAUUUCAUUUAACCAUUUAAAAUUCCUUAUAAAACACACCAAGCUAAAAAAUGCCUCAAACGAAAUAGCUUAAGUAUCACGAUUUUUAGUUCUAAUAUUAGUUAUAAUACGAGAAAUCUAGUCAGAUAGCACCUAAUAUUGAUUUAAAAUUUUUUAAUUAAAAUAUUAUUUAGAUUAUAAAAUCUGUAAAUAAAUGCCAGAGAGUGAAUUCUGAGAUAAAUGUAUACUAUUCGUUAUGGUAGUUCGUGAAUACGGAUGUUCAAUUCAAUUUAAAAAUCUUGAUCAAUGUUUUGCAUGAUAAUUUAUUUUUAUUUACAUAGGCCUAAUGUUAUAUC